AUGAGAGCCCAGAUCGAUUCAUUCGCACAGAACCACGACGAAAAUAGCCUCAAGAACAAGAAGUUGGAAUACAGAAAGGCGCUCGUUCGACGUCGCCUUUUCGAACUCAGGCAAUAUCAAAUUCGGUGGGCACAGGAGAAGAGAGACCGGAAAGUUAUCAAUCGAGGAAAAGAAGAGCCAGCCCAUUCGGAAAAUGACAUUCGCGCACGCGCUCAAAUGCUGAUUAUGCCCGAGGUUGCGCGAAUCGCAACAGCCAUGUCCUCCACCAAAGAGCUUUCCUUUGACGAAAAACUUAUCUUUGUCGAAGAUCUACAGACGCAGUGUCUCCGUGAUUUUGACGUGGUAUAUCUCCCAAACGAAAGCCCAGCACAAGGCCUCUGUCCUGUAAAAGGUUGCCAAAUCAAUAUUGCAAGGUGA